AUGUCAGCUUAUAACCCUCUGCUGCGACUGCUGAGGGCCAGGAGUGCAGUAACGCUAAGGCUGCAUAGAAAGGUCACCACCUGGUCACUUGUUGGAGCUGCUUUCAACGCGCAGGCGGUCAGGAGACCGGACUUAUUCAGGAAAAAUGUGGGCUUGUUUGGUGUUCCUGAGCUGAGCUCCACAGAGGGGUUCGAGUUGAUCCAGGAAAGAGCCCUGCUGGAGACGGGUCAGCUGGUGGAGAAAGCCUGCAGCAGUUCGCCCAGUGCUGUGACCGUGGAGACGUUCGACAAACUCUCUGACAGUUUAUGCAGAGUAGCAGAUCUGGCAGACUUUAUCAAAGUGGCACACCCAGAUCCACUGUAUCGAGAAGCUGCAGAGAAGACUUGCAUUAAGAUUGGCACCACAGUGGAGAAGCUUAACACAAAUGUGGAGUUGUGUAAGAGUUUAAAGAACCUGUUAGACAAUGAAGAGGUUAUGGCUAAGCUGGAUCCUGAAACAAGGAGAGUGGCUGAGCUGUUCAUGUUUGAUUUCGAGAUAAGUGGGAUCCAUCUGGAUGAAAAGCAGAGGAAGGAGGCAGUCAACUUGAAUGUUCGACUCUUGGAUCUCAAUAAUCAGUUUCUAAUGGGCUGCCAUAUGCCAAACAGGAUAGAUAAAAGAGCCCUUCCUCAUCACAUUCACCAGCAUUUCACCAAUGAAGGGAACUAUGUUCAGAUUGGAGGACUGCAUGCCGAUGCACCAGAUGAUCUGGUUCGGGAAGUUGCCUACAGGAUUUUCCUGUACCCAAAUGGAGAAAUGAUGCACACCCUAGAAGAACUGUUAUCAUGUAGAAAUAAACUGGCUAGGCUGGUUGGCUAUGAGUCGUACGCACACAGAGCAUUGAAAGGAACCAUGGCCAAAAGCCCAGAUACGGUCAUGAACUUCCUACAGCUUCUGACAGACAAACUCAAAGACAGGACUGAAAAGGACUUCGAAAUGAUGAAGGAUAUGAAGACUAAAUUUAAUCCCAGAAAUGCAGACUUAAUGCCGUGGGACCACCCAUAUCUGAGUGGUGUUAUACGUGCUGAAAGGUUCAACAUUGAGCCCAGCUUGUACAGUCCUUACUUCUCUCUAGGGGCCUGUAUGGAGGGUCUGAACAGUCUUUUUACGCAGCUCUUUGGUGUGUCACUUCUGGCUGAACAGCCCAAUGCAGGAGAGGUGUGGAGCGAGGAUGUACGCAAACUGGCAGUGGUACAUGAAACUGAAGGAUUGCUGGGAUAUAUCUACUGUGACUUCUUUUAUAGACCAGACAAACCUCAUCAGGACUGCCAUUUCACUAUCCGUGGAGGGCGUCUCCUGGACGAUGGGCAGUAUCAGCUGCCGGUGGUGGUGCUAAUGCUGAAUCUUCCUCACCCAACCCGGAGUGCCCCCACGCUCCUCACACCAGCCAUGAUGGAGAACCUCUUCCAUGAGAUGGGUCAUGCCAUGCACUCCAUGCUUGGACGUACACGCUAUCAGCAUGUGACAGGAACCCGCUGUGCUACUGAUUUUGCAGAGGUGCCUUCUGUAUUAAUGGAGUAUUUUGCCACUGAUUAUCGCGUUAUCAACCAGUUUGCUCGUCACUAUCAGACGGGACAGCCUUUGCCACAGAGCAUGGUAGCUCGACUCUGUGAGUCCAAAAAGGUGUGUGGUGCUGCUGAUACUCAACUUCAGAUUUUCUAUGCAGUCUUGGACCAGAUUUAUCAUGGCAAACCCCAAAGUCGAUCAACAACAGAUAUCUUGAUAGAUAUGCAAAAGAAAUACUAUGGUCUGCCAUAUGUUCCUAAUACAGCAUGGCAGCUGAGAUUCAGUCACCUUGUAGGCUAUGGAGCAAAGUACUACUCCUAUCUCAUGUCUAGAGCUGUGGCCUCCAUGGUGUGGAGACAGUGUUUCCAUAAGGACCCCUUAAGCAGGGAAACCGGAGAACGCUACCGGCGAGAGAUGCUGGCCCAUGGGGGAGGAAAGGAGCCCAUGCUGAUGGUGCAAGGCAUGUUGCAGAAAAGACCAUCCACAGAGGAUUUUGUUGAUGCCUUAGUCUCUGAUCUAGACCCGGACUUUGAGACCUUUAUCAUGGACUCUGAGGGUUAAACGACCCUCAAAGUCCCGAAGCCUCCGUCUUUUAUAACGGAAGACUCGGUCAGCAACAGUGUCAACAUUGCAUAUCACCACCUGCUGUAGUAAUGAACUUUCCUUAUAACAAUCUAACAAGUGGGAUCAGGUGUUGGUCUGUGUGGCUGGAGCAGCUACAGACUGUCUGGCCUUCAUUGGGCUGCUGUACGUAUUUCUUGUGACGCUCAUAGUAUGCACUAAUUAUACCUCAUUCUUUUACAAACAAUGUAGGGUGCAAACUUUGCAUGAAGUCAUUUUUUGUGUUUUGUUAAUUUAUGUACACUGAAAAAAAAGUAACCUGGCUGCCAUAAAAUUGAAAUAUUAUUGAAAUGUCUACAGAGUAGAACACACUGGUUAUAAUUUUGUUUACUAAAAGUUGCCAGGGUACUUUUUUAAGUUAAAACAAUAAAUUGUAUUUACAGCAUAAGAAUAAUGUGUAUGCAAAUCAGGAACUCUUGAACUUCAUUCAGAACUUCAGAUGUUCACAUUGUGUCGAACUGGAGGUUUUGUACUUGUUGGACUGCUACAGUCUGUUUGCGAAAGCUCAGUGCCCUUUUGUUUCCAUGCCUGAUGCAAGUCAGUGUUUUCUUAAAGGAGCAUUCCACAACUCACA